AUGGUGAAAAUUGUUGGAAGUCAAGCGGAUUUUGAAGCAAUCCUUUCUCAGAACGAGUUAGUUAUCGUUGACUUUUUUGCUGAAUGGUGUGGACCCUGCAAAAGAAUAGCACCAUUUUAUGAGGAAUGCUCCAAGAAGUACACCAAGAUGGUGUUUAUAAAAGUCGAUGUGGAUGAAGUGUCCGAAGUAACGGAAAAGGAAAACAUAACUUCCAUGCCAACCUUUAAGGUGUACAAAAAUGGAAGUGUGGUGGACACAUUACUAGGGGCCAACGAUACGGCACUCAAACAGCUCAUUGAGAAGUACGCCGCUUAA